ACCUGAAGGCAUCAGGAGGAGACUGGCGAAGGCGACGUGAAACUGACUGGCGGAGGGGGGAAGGGGAGGCUAAGAGGCUGGAGGGGGCAGGAAUCAACCGCUAAUGUGUGUCAGUCGGCUGGAGACGGUGAGAGGGGAGAAGGAGGAAGGCACAAAGAGGGGCCAGACUGCGGAGGCGAGCGGCGACGAGUCCAGACAAAGACGAACUGAGAGGGACGCACGCGGAGCGGAGCCUCAACAAGUUUUGUCUGUGAUCAUCCAGACGUGGGGAACCCAAUAAACCCGGAGAGAAUUGGUCACAGUCCAGCGGCUUCGCCUCCUCUCCUUUUGUUCUCUGCUGAACGACUGAAGACAUGCCCAUCCUGUCAACAAGCACAGGUCUGCACGAGUCCCUGGCGCUGCUCACAUCUCAGCUUCACCCUGAUGCCAACCACAAAGAAGACCUGGUCUUUCUCAAAGAUGUUUUCAGUGAGAAAAGUCUUGGAUACUUGAUGAAGAUCCACGAGAAACUGAACCAGUAUGUGAAGUACAGCCCCACCCCCGUCUUACACAGCGCCUCCUGUUUGGCAGAGGAUUUGGCUGAGGAGCUUCAGAACGGACCGCUGGAGGAUGACGAGCGAGAACUCCUCCACCUCCUGAGCACGCCACAUUUGAAGGCGGUGCUGUCGGCCCAUGACAUCGUCGCUCAGAAGAAGUUUGACCCAGUUCUUCCACCGCUGCCCGAGGAUCUGGACGACGACAUCGAGGAGGAGUCGGUGAAGAUUGUGCGCCUGGUAAAGAACAAAGAGCCGCUGGGAGCUACCAUUCGAAAAGACGAGGCAACCGGAGCUGUGAUUGUGGCCAGAAUCAUGAGGGGAGGUGCAGCUGACCGCAGUGGUCUGGUGAAUGUUGGAGAUGAGCUUCGAGAGGUCAACGGACACCUGAUAACACACAAGAGGCCGGAUGAGAUUAGUCAGAUCCUGUCUCAGUCUCAAGGCUCCAUCACCCUGAAGAUCAUUCCAGCUGUUACAGAUGAUGACAAACUGAGGGAGAGUAAGGUCUUCCUCCGGGCUCUGUUUGACUACACGCCUUAUGAGGACAAGGCCACUCCAUGCCAAGAGGCGGGGCUUCCUUUCAGGAAGGGGAACAUUCUUCAGGUAGUUUGCCAAGAGGACGCCACCUGGUGGCAGGCCAAGAGGGUAGGAGACUGUAACCUCCGUGCUGGCCUCAUCCCCUCCACGCAGUUUCAGGAGAGACGUUUGAGAUACCGCAUGAAAAUGGGCUCCCUUCCUGCCCCCGUUCCCCCAAAAGCUCCUCUAUAUGAUCGCGGUGAGAGAGAAGACUGUGACAGUAAAGCUGCUCUGAAUGGAAAAGAUGUAGUUUCUCCCAAGAGUAAGACGGCUCCUGCCUUCUGUGGCCAUGCUUUCUCAUGGGAGUUUUACUCAGCCAGCCUGCGCAGAAGUUUCCGUCUGAAGAGAGAUCGCCAGAGCGCGCCUGCAGACGCCGCAGAUCCCAAACACACAGAGUUCCUCAUUUAUGAGGAGGUCACGCAGUUCGUAACACGGCCCGGAGAAAGGCCCCGCCUGAUCGUGCUGAUAGGUUCUUUAGGGGCUCGGAUCAACGAGCUCAAGCAGAAGGUGAUCGCCGAGAAUCCUCGCCGCUACGGUUUGGCUGUACCGCACACCACCCGAACCAGGAGGAGCUACGAGAGAGAAGGAGUGGAGUACCACUUCAUCAGUAAAGCAGCUUUUGAAGCCGAUAUUCAGAACGGAAAGUUUAUUGAGUUUGGGGAAUAUAAAGACAAUCUUUAUGGAACCAGUUUGGAAUCCAUCAACAGAGUUCUGAACCACAAUAAGGUCUGCCUGCUGGAUGUGCAACCAGAGGCUCUGAAAACGCUUCGAACUGCUGAGUUCAAACCGUACGUGAUCUUUGUGAGGCCUCGGAUCCAUGAUGGUCAAGGGAAAGGCUUUGGCUCCUCCUCCUCGCUGAGCGUCGGGCUCACGGAGGAGGAUCUUCUGGAAAUGAGUCAGUCGGCCGAGCGGAUGGAGGAGUGCUACGGUCACUGGGUGGACUACGUCCUGGUGAAGGAAGAUCUAAGCGGGGCUGUGGCAGAACUCCACGGGACUCUGGAGAGGGCUCAGACGGAGCCACAGUGGGUUCCUGUGAGCUGGGUGAGGCGAUAGCAGCAGGAGUCCUCCAGCAUUCACUGCCCUGUUCACGUCAGCGGAGCGUGCCAUCAUUCCAGAAGAGCGACCAAAACCAGAUCUCCACCGUCUACAUGUGUGUAACAGCAGCUAUGUCAAGUGCCAUAAAAUAAAUAAAUCUGCAGCUGA